CUCUGCGAACGAGCGACGUCAUUUUGCUUCGCGAGCAAAUUUUCUUUUUCCGCCGUGUUUUCAACGUUCUUAGCCGACAUUUUCGUCGUUUUUCCAACCCUCCAGCGAAACGCACCAAUUAUCCUGCACUACGUGUCUAUAAAAUCGGCCGGAUAUCACUUACUCGAUGCAAUACCACUAUUACUGGAUAUAAUUUUGCAGUUGUCGCCAUUUUCCACUGCAAUAGUUACUACAACAGCCGGUGGCGGCGCUUAUCCACCACCCGAAACGAAAAAAAUACUUUCCACCAGGGUUGUACCCUUGGGCGCCUCGAGAACCACAAAUUUUUCAAACUCUUGCAAAAACCACGCAAAUCUCGUUCGCAAUCAAACAAUUUCAACCGAUAAUCGUACCCCCUUCGAACGCCCCUUGUUAACUACACCACUGGUUGCCACUUUUCCGAACGGAACACACGGCUCGACUCGCUGAACAAAAUCACACACUUUGUGUUCUUCUUCUUGCUCUGCUCCGCUCCGCUUCGGCUGAUAUCCCAAAUCGGCGCUAGGCGUACAAAACUCACUCGGUAGCGACGACGACGACGGUGCUGCUCUCUGCUGCUGCUGUUGCUACUAUAUGCUUCAAAGGCAUGUGCUCUCGGUAACGUUUAUGAAAACGAAAUGUGUGCGCUGGACGAACGGCGGCUCGCUCGUACCCUCGGAGAGAUCGCGCGGUGAGCCGAGCGCUCGCGUUUGCUUUUGUAUUGAGAAGGGUCUCCGGAAAAGGUGAAACGUUGUCGUCGGGCAGGGCUCAAUCGUACAACAACGUCGUAUAAUUUCAAUUACUGGUGGGUUUGUUGUCCCGAAAUCGUAAUAUUAGGAUAUGUCAUGUCAGCAAGCGAGCCGCGCUCAGGAAGACCCGUAUGCCUUCACAGAGCCAGCGCCACUGCAGGCGAACGGGUCCCUCUACAAACAUCCGCCCACGAGUAGCACGAGCGGCGGAGCAACCAUCAUCAGUAGUAAUAGCAGCAAUUCUCCGGUGAUACAGGCUGGAACGAGUCUGCUCGCUAACAGCAACAACAGAGUGAACCAUGUCGUGCAGCAACGCACGUCGGGUGCAUCGCCAAAAAUGACCCCGAUUAAGGUAACCCUUGUACAGUCUCCAACGGGAGUGCUAGCGAAAACGCGCCUGAAUGGAACCGCUAUUACAAGCAGUCCGAGUGGAACCAUCUUCCGGACUGUCACUGUUCCGCAAGCUACAACAAUAGUGCAGAGAGCUGCCACAAGUGCAGGGUUGACACCGACGUUGGCUUCAGCUGCUACACCAGCAGCCGCAACCACAACUCCAACAGUAUUUUCUAAACCAUUGCAAGUUCAAAUAUCUCCCCAGCAGGUGGGAAAGUUUACUCGGCGAGUUUUAGCCAGCAAAUCGCCAAACGUAUCCCCAGCGACUAUCCAAACGUUGAGAAUAGUAAAAACUGCAACUCCACAGCAAAUAACCGUAGGGAGGCCGAACGUCCAAACGUCCGAUGCCAGAAGAUAUAUCAAUCAUUCCAGCAACAGUCUGCUGGGAGCUCCACCAGCAAGCACGACAACUUCCCCGGUAGUUCCCCUGCAGACGGUAUCUCCCACCAAAAUUCGGCUCAUUCAACCUCAGCCCCAAGGGAAGAUUUUCUUGCACACUCCAAACAGCACUAACAGCUUGGCCGCGGCAACUCACAUUUCGAACCCCGCUAGUAUAGCAGCACUGAGGAAUACUCUCGCUAAGCAAAAUCCAUCAUUGUUACACAGGAUUCAACAUGUCACAGUGGCUCCCCAGCAGCCUACUUCGCAGAGUAGUAACGGCACAGUUCUUCCAAUCGUCAAAACCAGUCCCACAACGGCGAUCAAUAUACGCCGAAUGAUACCACCGAUUAGCCAAACGAGUCUCGAUGCUGCAUCCACUGGGAUUGUCAUCCAACAACCUUCUGUGGUCACCACUGUACCCACUGUAGUGUCAGCUACAGCCAUCAAACACGUUCCCCAAGUUCAACAAACCAUAACCCAGCGAGCCAAAACACCGACAGCGUCAAUUCUGAAGCCUCAAACGCAGCAGCAGCUGCUACAGCUGCAACUGCAGCAACUACAGCAGCAGCAGCAAAAGGAACAACAACAACAAAAGCAAGUGCAGCUGCUGCAGCAGCAGCAGGUACAACAACAAGAGCAACAACUACAGUUACAGCAGCAACAACAACAACAACAGCAACAGCAAAAACAACAGCUUCAGCAAAAGCAACAGCAAAAUAAGCUACAGCAACAAAAACAGCAACAACUUCAACAACAAAAACAACAACAGCUCCAACAACAACAACUGCAGCUUCAACAGCAGCAGCUCCAAAAGCAGCAAUUGCAGCAACAGCAUCAACUGCAGCAACAGCAACAGCUGCAACAACAGCAACAGUUACAACAACAGCAACAGUUGCACCAACAGCAACAGUUACAACAACAGCAACAGCAACAGCAGAAAAAGCUUCAAGAGCAACAGAUUCAACAACAACAGCUCCAACAACAAAAGCUUCAACAGCAGCAACUUCAGCAACAACAACUUCAGCAACAACAACUCCAGCAACAACAACUUCAGCAACAACAACUCCAGCAACAUCAACUUCAGCAACAGCAGAAGCAGCAGCAACUGAAGCUGCAACAGGAACAACAGAAACAACAAGAACAACAGAAACAACAAGAACAACAGAAACAACAAGAACAACAACAGCUGCAACAGAAACAACAGCUACAACUACAACAACAGCUACAACUACAACAACAGAAACAGCAACAGCAACAACACCAGCAGCAGCGAAUACAACAGAUACCAAAACAACCGAAACAACAACAACAGCUACCGCAACAGUCCCCCAAGCAAGAGGACCUUAGUUUCACCAUUCCGUCGUUCGUCAUCCCCAAACAGGACCCGAGAAUUGAGCAGCCGCCCCUGGCGGUACCCCCAGCAGCACCCGAAGCACCUUCCCCGGGUAAACAAGUGGCACCGUCCUCGUCCCCUGCAACACCCGCACCACUGCCGGCAAAUAUCGCCUCGACCAGUACGCCUUCCACACAAAGCACGCCGAAGAAUCCCGCAAAGACUCGCCAAACUGCGCUCGCCGUCGUGGAUCGUGCUAGCGCCGCUGGCAGCGACAGCAAGUCCACCCCGCACCCAACGACCAAGCGAACCAAGCGAUCCUACAGCCGAUCAUCGCAUCAUGAAACGCUCGAAAGGAUACCGGCAACGGCGGCAACCAUUUCCGUGAUGCAUGGUGGCGGCAAGCAUGAAUCGAACAGUAAGCCGCCAGCCGAAUCCAAACCGCCGCGUCCGAUGCGGUUCCCCAAGUGGAAACCACCGGGAGCUGUGGCCGUUCCCUUGAACCGAGAAUGGCACGCUCCAGAUUCGUACGUAUUUGACGUUGGCGAGCCGGGCGCACCUAGCUACGGAUCGCUCGAGCUGGAGCCGCUGACUCAAGAUUUUUGGUUUGAAGAACCGUUCGCUAGCACUGAACUGGAUGCCGAGGCUGCACUUGCGAUGCGACCACGGAAGGGUAGAAAACCGAAGGGUUUGGACCAAAGAAAUCUUCUGCUGAAUCUCGACAAUGGGGAACUCAAGGAGCUCAGCCGAGACGAAAGGUUAGAGUUGAAACGGACCUAUCUGCGGCGAAAGGCCGUACAAUACUGGAAUGGGCAGAGUUUGCGCAGCAGUUUGCGUGCCCGCAAGCGAUUCAAGACGGUAGAAAAGAUACUAAAGAAGCUGGACAAGCAGCGCGAGACGAUGUUGAAAAAGAAUGGUGGUGCGGAACAGCCGCAAUGUCAGCGAGAUGGCUGCAAUCAGGCUGCGCUGCUAGCAACCACCCACUGCUUCCAGCAUAUCACCGAUAACAACGAGCAGCGUCUGUUUCAACAGUGUACAGCCAAGUUCUCGGAUAACAGUCAGUGUCGGGUGCCUGUGUUCGACAUUAGCCACGAAUUGAUCCUUUGUCGGGAGCACGCCUGGAAGCAUGACAAUCACGACAAAAUGUCUGCGGAAGUGAAGCUACUGAAGAAACCUGCCGUUAGUGCAACUGCGAAGAAGAAAACCGUGAAGGUUGCAGCAGCCACUGUAGCACCGGUGCGGGCGUCUACCUUGCCACCCGCAGGCGGGAUCAAGAAAAAAGCCAAGAAACGAAAGCUAACCCCCUUCCAGCAGCAGAUGGCACUGCACCAGCAGCAAUACAAACAACAGUAUUCCAGCUUUAAUAACACAAAGUCAACAACGAUACCCCCACCACCGUACGGGACAACGGCUUCCUCUAUCGAUCCGAAGGUACUCCAGCAAACGUUGCGUCAGACGACAAACAUUUCACAAUCACUCCCACAACAUCAGCAGCAACAACAGCAGCCCCAAGUGAAAUAUACGCAAAAUAUGAACGUAUCUGGAGGAGGAAGUCUGAUGCAAAUCGUUCCGUCGCCGCUCUCAACGACGAUUGCUGCCCGUAACGUUCAAAUUCCGUUGAAUCAACAACAACAACAACAACAUCAGCUGCAAUCGCUACCGGCUUCUGCCUAUCAACAAUCAGCGCACAUUACGCAGACACAUCAAUUCCAACAGCAACAACAACAGCACCCGCUCAUCAUCGGGCGUAAUGAGGAUCUGAUGUUGAACUACGUGCCCGCUCCCCAGGAUCAGCAACAUUUCAACCAGCAGCAGGUGCAGCAUAUGCUGGGCGGUACCACCACACAGGAUCUGCUCAAUAUCUGUGAAAACAGCUCUGCAUAUGCUAGCUCCGAGGACACGGGUGUCGGUGGGCUCUCCGAAUCGGAGCUGAUGGCCGCUCAAGAUGUUAUCGAGGAAAUUCCAUUUGAAAUUGGCAAUCUGAACAAUGUACUGAGUCAGCUGCCACCGGAUGCAUUUAACGAGUUACUGUUUAGUGAGCAAGAUCAGCACGGACCUACAUUCGAAUCGACCCAGGAGGAAGAGGAGGACCUGGAACGGGCGCUGGAGGUAGUGGGCGAGCACGUGAAGUCGCUCGAGGACAUGACCGUGGAGUCGGCUAACUUUCUGGGCGACUUCCUGGACAACGUGGACGACGAAAUGUUGGACGGAUCGGACAUUUGCUCGGAUCAGAUGUUGCAGUCGCCGAACACGGGCGACAUUCGUGGCCUGGUACACACGUGAGAUGUGGGGUAAGCGCUCUUCUCGGGAUGUAUGCUGUUCGAAGAGAGCUUCGCAGCACAUUUCAACAGUUGCGUUUGUGGGAAAAUUUCAAUAAUCGUGAAUAUUUCGGAUGCACGGAACUAGCUCUUUCGUUUUGGAAUAUUUGUGGAAUACGCGAAGUAGAGACUAAUAAAAAAAACGGUCGAAUCUGUCGCAUAGAAUCUAGAGGCAUUACGCGGACAACAAUGUGACAACAACAUUAAACAUUAAUCCUAUUUAUUCAACUAUGGAGGGAAAAGAAAACUUGGCUUUCAGCAAAUGAAGGGAAAAAACACGUGGCGAUAAUAGGUUUAGUUAACUAAUCGUAACGCUUAGGCUUUAAUUUGUCUUCUCGACGCGCUCGAGGGUAGGUAAUAGUGAAAGGACUUUAUUUGAUACUAGAUACGCUUCUUUACAACAAACAAAAUAAAUGAAUUCUAUGAAUUUGUUUAUUACAACAUCUACUAUAAUUUGCUAUAAUUUCAACUUAGAUCUUAAGUUCUGUGCACCUUCAGCGGAAGCUACAAUCUUUUUUGUAUGUACAGUUUAUACACCAAACAACCUAAAACCGACGACACAACAGCAACAACAUCCAUUCAUCUAAGAGGAAAAUUUCCCAAAUAUUAUAUUUUCCAUACUCGGUGGAAACUCGCAA